CGGAGUGAGGCGGCGGGGACGCCGGCAGUCCCCCAAUGGGUGUGUCCGGUGUCGAGGACCACCGCAAUGGCGGCGGCCUAGGCAACGGCAGUGGCGGCGGCAGCGGAGGCGGCAGCGGAGGUGGCAACGGGGGCGGCAGCGGGGGCAACGGAAGCCACGGCGGCUACAGCGGCCGGGGUGGCCACUGCAGCAACGGCCUGGCCAACGGCCACGGCCCGCCGCCCGGGUACUCGUACCUGAAGCGGAUCUGCAGGGACCGCGGCCUGCUCUUCGAGGACCCCGAAUUCCCGCCCUCGCACCGCGCCUUGUCCUCCAAGAACAAGUACGCGAGUGCGCAGAUCACCUGGAUGAGGCCCUUCGAAAUCUGCGCGAGACCCAAGUUCAUCUCGGAGGGAUCCUCGCGUUUCGACGUCGAGCAAGGAGAACUCGGUGACCGGUGGCUUCUGUCGGCCAUCUCGUGUCUGACGGGCACGCCCCGGUUCCUGGACCGCGUGGUGCCGUCGGACCAGGGCUUCGCGCAAGGCUACUGCGGCCUCUUCCGGUUUCGCUUCUGGCGAUUCGGCGAGUGGCACGAGCUCGUGGUCGACGACCGCCUACCGACGCAGCGCGGCCGCCUCAUCUACAUGCACUCGGCGGAUCCGAGCGAGUUCUGGGCCGCCCUGCUGGAGAAGGCGUACGCCAAGUUUUACGGUGGCUAUGACCAGCUGCAGACGGGCCACACGGGUCGUGCGUUGCAAGACCUGACGGGCGGAGUGGCCCAGACGUUCCAGAUGGCCAACGUCGAUCCUCCGAUGGCCUUCUCGAUGGUCUCCAGUGCAGUGCCAAGGUCCACCCUCAUGGCGGCCUGCAUCAUUCCGGAUCAUCACAAAGGUCCCGCACGUCUCAACAACGGGCUUUACACGCAGCAUGCGUAUAGCGUGACAGGAAUAGCAAAGGUUCGUGUGAAACAGGGCGAGGUGACCUUGAUUCGACUGCGCAACCCGUGGGGACGGGGGGAAUGGAACGGACCCUGGAGCGACCGGUCCUGGGAGUGGGACGGUCUCUCCGAAAGGGACCGCCAGCUGCUGGGAGUCCGGCAGCCACCUUCGGAAGGAGAGUUCUGGAUGUCUUUCGACGACUUCACGCUCAACUUCACGCACCUCGAUCUGGUUCACAUCGGCCCCGACGACUGGAUGCAGGAGUCCGCAUUGCACAGCAAGAAACCCUGGAGGGCGGUUCUGGCCAGGAGGCGGUGGAGGGCGGGAUACAACGCCGGCGGUGGACCUUCUUACUCCGAGACCACAGGCUGCAACCCCCAGUUUCACGUUCAAAUCCCAAAGACUAGCGCGAGCAAGUGUCACAUGGUGGUGUCCGUGACGCAGCAGUACACAACGGACGUCAUUCGUGAAGGCGGCAAGAAGCACACCCUCCACCCGGUUGGCUUCGCCAUUUACGAGAUUCCUCCGAACCUGACGCGGCUCACGACGCAGUUCGUCGGAGCCCACCGCCCCUUGGACGUGACAGUGCACACAACGACCCGGGAGACAGUCACCUUCUUUACGCUCCCUGCUGGCGACUACAUCGUCCUGCCCUGCACCAGCACGCCCAACUGCGAAACCAAGUUCCUCCUGCGCAUCUUCACCGACGAACAUAGCAACGUCUGGGAAGUCAACGAUGAUAACCUCAUCUACCGAAGUUUGAGCUUCACCAAAAACGGCAUAGUGAACUCCGCUCACAAUGGGCCUGCCGUGUUUUCCAAACUCGCGCACAAGCUCCCGUGCGAGCUGGAUGCCUACAUGCUGCUCAAGAUUCUACGCGUCAUCUCCAGGAAAACUCUGUGUCUCGCAGAUACGCAGCUUCUCCUGGAGAAGCCAACCCUGGAGUUGUGUCGACAUCUCGUCAUGCUCAAGGACCCCGUCAUCAACGGCAAGAUCAGCAUCAAGGACGUCCCCUUGAUCCUGGGAAUGCUUCACUUUUGGCGGAAUGUCUUCGUCAAGUUUGACCACCCUCACAAGGGUCGGACGAGUAGCUUCAACCUGAGACCUCUUCUGUGGGAAGCAGGCAUCACGGUGAGCAACAAGGUCCUGGAAUGCCUCGUCAUCCGCUACGCCAAAGACUGCACCAUCACAGCGGAGGCCUUCAUCGGAGCUCUAGUCAAACUGUACCUCGCCCACGACAGGUACGGCCAGGUGGAAAAGAAACUCAAAGAGAACACCAUAUCUUUAGAAGAGAUGAUCCUGAUGACUGUAUAUUCCUGAGACGAGUCCACGCCCUCGAAACACUCGAUGGUGCUCAGGAACGAGGAACGAGCGUCUCUUCUGCGCAUGCGAUGUUUCCCGACCUCCCUCCCCGCGGCGGUCAAGAUAGGGUCGGUGCGACCCUAGAGUGUAAUAUAUGCUAAUUUAUUACACAUCAUAAAUAUAUGUUUGAUUGUUUUUUUUUUCGUAUUUUCUUUGCGCGAUCGAAGAAGACGAAUAAAGUUCCAUUUUCGGAAACGAA